GCGGGGAGCAGAAAGAAUACCUGCGCGCGCUGGGAAGUCCCAGCCUGCCGUCUGCUCCCUCCACCCCUGGCCCUUCCCGCCCUCAAGUGCCUUUGCCGACUGAGUCCACGAAUUUAAGGAAUGCGGGGUUUCUUCCCAACUCCCUUUGUCACUUGGGGGUUAGGGUCAGGGACAAUUCACGAAAAAUUCUAUUACUUUGUUUAGUCAGUUGUCAUCCUGGCCAUUGAGUAACAGUUGCUGCUUCCCAUUUAAACAGUCAACGUCCGCAAGACCGCGGGAGACCACGUUGCAAUGAGCGCAGUGACCAAGUCACAGACACCACACCUCCCCUCCCCCGCCAGGCCUCGGUGUUCUCAUCUGUACCAUGAGCAUUGUACAAAAUCCCCUCAGAAGCAGUUUAAGCCUCUUAGGCCUGUGAUGGAAGAGACAGGGAAGUACAAAACAGGCCAGAAGAGAGACGAAAGAAGUCUCACCUCCCCUGCCCUGGAGACCUGCCCUUCUCGCACAGGCAAAUGGCCAUGGCGGCAGCUUCCUUCUGCCAAUGCAGGGGCUCUGAUGAUGCUGCCUCCUUCAUAAUUCAUGUGCAGUGAGCUCACUGGGAUGACUCAGAUUGGGUACAUAUUCCUCCCCCCAAGUUUGCCCCAUCUUAAGGGGCAGUGGUUAGUCAUUUGUGUCUCAUUGACCUAACCCAUUUAGCAUUCUGAGUGGUCUUUCCCGUCAGAAAGGAAUAUGUACAUUUUUUAACCCAAAACGUAAACCUUUGUAACAGCAUCCGUGGGUCCCAAUUCAGUAUCGACCAUGAUUGUUCACAUGAAAUAAGCGCUUACUCUGUACCAGGCCCAUGAUAAGUGCUUACUUAGGCUGGCCCACAACAGCUGUGCAGUGGGUACUAUUACUGCCAUUCACAUUUGACCAGAAAGGUUUGAUUAGAAAAAGAAGUAGCGUGCAUCAGUGGAGAGACCAGGCCUGGGAGCAAGCAUGCCUGCUUUGAAUCCUGGCCCAACCCCAUACAAGCUGUGUGACCUUGAGCAAGUGACUGCAUCUCUCUUAUACCUUAGUUUUCUUAUAAAGUGGGGGAUAUAAUGAUAGGGCUCUUGUCGGAAUUACAGGAGUAUGAAGCAUCUGAGGCAGUGCCUAGCUCAUGGUAAGUGAAUGUGUUAGCUAGUAUUUUUAUUCCAUCACCAAAGAUUUACUGAAUGCCUUCCACGACCCAGGCCCCAGGAAUCAGCACACAUUACAAAUGAGGGGCUGCUUGGAUGCAGGAGCCAGAGAAUAAACAGAGCCUAGAAGAGAAAUUACGGGACUCAUCAGGUCCUGAGCUGCUGCUGGAUAUUUUGCAGAAGACCGUGAAACAUCCUCUGUGUGUGAAGCAUCCGCCAUCAGUGAAGUAUGCCCGGUGCUUUCUCUCGGAGCUCAUCAGAAAGCACGAGGCUGUCCACACAGAGCCUUUGGACGAGCUGUACGAGGCAUUGGCAGAGGUCCUGAUGACCACGGAGCCCACCCAGUGCCACCGGAGCUAUCUGCUGCCUUCCGGAGACUCAGUCACGCUCUCGGAGAGCACAGCCAUCAUUUCCCAUGGCACCACCGGCCUGGUCACAUGGGAUGCUGCACUCUACCUUGCAGAAUGGGCCAUGCAGAACCCAGCAGCCUUUGCUCACAGGACUGUCUUAGAGCUCGGCAGCGGAGCUGGCCUUACGGGCCUGGCCAUUUGCAAGACAUGCCAUCCCAGUGCAUACAUCUUCAGUGACUGUCACAGCUGCGUCCUUGAGCAGCUCCGAGGGAACAUCCUUCUCAAUGGCCUCUCAUUAGAGGCAGACGUCACUGACCCUGCAAGGCACCCAGAACACAACACCUGCAACUCAGAGAGCCCCAGGGUGACGGUGGCCCAGCUGGACUGGGACGUCGUGACAGCCCCUCAGCUCGCUGCCUUCCAGCCAGAUGUCGUCAUCGCAGCAGAUGUGCUAUAUUGCCCAGAAACUGUCCUCUCCCUGGUCCGAGUCCUGCAGAGACUCUCUGCUUGCCUGAAGAACCAGCAGGCUCCUGACGCCUAUAUUGCCUUCACCGUCCGCAACCCAGAGACAUGCCAGCUGUUCACUAGCGAGCUGGGCAUUGCUGGGAUCCCAUGGGAAGCAGUGCCACAUCACGACCAGAAGCUGUUUCCCUAUGAAGAGCACUCAGAGAUGGCAAUUCUGAAACUAACUCUGUAGGUUUACAAAUGGUUUUAAAGAUUACCAUUAAAAUUAAAUCACCAUCCUGGAAAGAA